GUGAACGGCAAGGCCGUUAUGUCGAUAUGAAGAAGCAGUAAUUAAAAGGGGACGAGACGCCGCGCUUGGUGUGAUAGUUUUUAUUUUAGUUUUUAAGUUUAAAAUUAUUAAUGCCGGUGUCAAAAUUAUAUAGUAGGACACAGCAUUAUAUACGGCAUUCUCAAGAAAGUGAUUUAUUGCGGAAAACAAUAGCAACCGUUUUCACUACAGGCGUCUGAAAGCACGAGUAGAAAGCGCCAAAGUAUAGUGUUGCAACUACCUCCUUAUCCUUUACAUACCUACUCAAACAGAAAUGGGACGUAGUCCAUCUCCAUCGCAUAGGCGACGUGAAAAAGAGCGUUCUGAACGUAAAAAGCGUCGUGAACGGCGCUCCAGAGAACGUGAAAGGCAGCGGGAACGUGAAACAGGCGCUGGCGGUAGUCGUGCUUUGCGUAGACGGUCACACGACAGAGGAGGUGGUGGUGGAGGGGAUCGAGACCGGACCCGCAGCCGCAGUCGGGAGCGAGACAGAGCAAGUCGUCGCCGUUCUAGAUCACGUUCUCGCGGACACCCAUCUACUUCGGCAUCUACGUCAUCUGGACGACGCGGCGCUGCCGCUGAACGUCCUAAAAUCACAGAAGCCGAUUUGGAAGGUAAAUCACCCGAAGAAGUAGAAAUGCUGAAAACAAUGGGUUUCUGCACUUUCGAUACCACCAAAAAUAAGAAGGUUGAAGGCAACGAUGUUGGUGAAGUGCAUGUUAUCUUAAAGCGCAAGUAUCGUCAAUAUAUGAAUCGCAAAGGUGGCUUCAAUCGGCCGCUUGACUUUGUGGCAUAGCACGUUGUCAAAGCGCGAACUAACGCGUCUACCCACACAAGUCUAUACACUCUGGCGAUAUAUCGACGCACACUCUUGUACUAAUGUUUUUAUUAUUACUAUAUUUUUUAGUAGUGCGUCUGCUGUAGUGCUCAGCAAUCACAUCUACAGCAGCAUGCACAAGACAAUCCUGCAAUUUUAUGCAAUAGACCGGUUUACAAAAUUCAAUUUUCAAAAUUUCCACCACACAUACCUCAUUAAUAUUUAAAAUAUUAAACUUUUUGUAUUGUCCUGUUUAAGUUUUCUCAUAGUUAGUAAGUAAUCUAUUAUAAAUGUGACAUGACUGCGAAGAGUAGAAUAGCUGCCCAGGAGCUGCAUCAUUUGAAGCAAGUGCCAAUAUUGGCAGUAUUUAUGCUUUACGUGUUAUAAAGAGUCGAAAUUCCAAAUUAGACAUGCAUAUACAUUUUUUACUCGUACUUAAAAAUUUAUUAUGAGUUGAUAUUAAUAUUUUGUUUGGGAAAUUAUUUUAAAAAUUUCUGAAGCAGCAAAUUCACUCUUCUCAAUUCAAUCUCGUAAAUAGAGAACAACGAGAUUUCACUAAUUUUCUUUUUGAAUAUUUAAAGUAAUUAAAAUCACUUGAAACAUGAAAAGUUCAAAUGUUUUAAGGCUGAAAUGAAUUAAUGCGAAAGUACUAACGUUGUUGCAUCAAUUGCUUUUAAAUAUGAUUUAUAGCAAUACAACUGAUGCAGUUAAAAAUUAUUAGUUUGAUAAAUUAUCCUAAAAUGAAUUUAGCUGCGUGUUGAAUAUCGCCUGAACUCUUGCACUUGAUUCAUUUUAGUUCCAUAAAGUAAAAGAAAUUUCUAAAUCUCACCCAGUUGGAUUCAAAUUUUACUAAAUACUUGGUAUGUUUUCGCAGUCACGAAAUUUUUUAUGUACAACAAUUACUUGAAGUAUUUGAAAAUCAUAACAAUACAAUACAACAACAAAUUCCCAUAAAUUCCUAUAGAAAUACAUAAAUAUAUCCCAGCACGCAUCUCAAUGCAUAACUCCCCCUAGUAUCCUCCAUACACUGCAAUAGUACAAUUUUUUAUCAAAAUAUUUUUUUUACAAAUAUAGAAACUAUAUAUACACAAAUAACAUAAAUGACCCGAACCUUACUUAUCCUACCCAACAUAACUAGCCUUACCCCUAACCCCAUACAAUUUUUUACCCAUUCACCCCUCAAAUAAACCCAACUACAAUAGACCAAAUAUGCAAUAGCCAGGGAUUUAUAUAAUCAUUAAAAAUAGAAUUGUUACAAUGGUAGUUAUUACAUACAUACAUACAUACUUGAAACAUGAAAAUAACUGUAAAAUAUGUCUAAACAUUUUUAUACAGAGUAAUAGAGUGUGAAGCUUUUUUUUACUGAAGACUACAGUUUUCAACAUUUUAUUCACAUGCAAGUGCCGUUAACACCUAAACAAAAAAAAAAACAAUAGUAAAUAAUUUUUGUAAUAAACAACAGUUAGUGAUAUAAAGAACUGAUGUACGCGUUAAAAGGAAAUUGAACGGGAAUUGAAUAGAACGCAAUGCGAGAGAUAUGCGGGUAUAAUUUUGUUUGACCUUUAAUUUGUAAAAAUGUGUAUAAGCAUUAAUUUUUUUAACAAUUGUAAUUAAAAAUAUCAGUAAUUUGGCUUUAAUGCUUGAAAUGCUAUUUUUUAAAUAAAUAAAAUUUCUUUGAGUGCAUAUUUUGAAGAAAUACCGAUAUUUCAAAAGAAAAUUAUAAACAAAUAAUAAUAAUAAUUCGAAAUUUCGCGAUACUCUUUAAAUUAUAUACGCAAAAUUCUUGGAUAUCCUGCAUAUCAGCCAUAACUCGUAAGCUCAAUAUUUUGAACAGCUAUUAAGAAUAUGGAAAAAACUUUUACUUUUGAAUAUAUAUUAACAGGAAUAUAUAUAUAUAUAUAUAUAUAU